AAUGCAGGUUUCUAGCAAUUUGGUGUUUGUCGUUCAUGAAAGUAUCCCUCUUCAUUAACUAGGCGCGAACGAUUGAUUUCUUUCCUUUCCGGACUUAAUUAGUCGCACGUAACUAUAGGCAUAGUGUUGUAGGGCCGACUUGGCUUUUAACAAGACUUUCCUUGAAAAUGCGCCCAUACCUUCUUAAGGGCCAUGAGCGCCCUUUGACGCAAGUCAAGUACAACCGCGAGGGCGAUCUGCUGGUCAGCUGCGCAAAGAACUUGCAACCUUGCCUAUGGUCUUCGGAGGACGGCCGCCGCAUUGGGACCUACGAGGGCCACAACGGUGCUAUCUGGACCUGCGACAUCACCUGGGACUCCGACCGCCUAAUUACGGGCUCGGCUGACCAGACUAUCCGCAUUUGGGACCUACCAACGGGCAAGGAGCUUUUCCAGUUCCGUCACAGGGAGCCUUGCAGGGCGGUGAAGCUAUCGGCUGGCGAGCGGUUCCUUGCUGCCACCACGGAUGCGUUCAUUGAGUCGCCCCCAGCAAUCCAUGUCUACAAGUUCGCGGAGAACGUGGAGGACCAGACUUCUACCCCCCUCAACACCUGGACGGUGCCAAAGGGGAGGGUGACUCGCGUGUUCUGGACCGACUGCAACCGAAAACUCAUCACGUCACACGACUACGGGAUGAUCCGCCGAUGGGACGUGGAGACGGGCCAGCUGAUAGAGGAGAAGCAGAUCCACGAGGACGCCAUCCAGGACAUGCAGAUGUCGCCCGAUGAGACGCACGUCAUCACGGCGUCGCUGGACAAGACGGCGCGCCUGGUGGACAUUGAGAGCUUCGAGGUGCUCAAGACGUACAAGACGGGCCGCUUCGUGCAGUCCGCAGCCGUCUCGCCGCUGUUCGACCAUGUUGUCUGCGGUGGUGGCCAGGACGCGUCGCAGGUGACGACGACGGCGGCGCAGGCGGGUGGCUUCGAGGCCAGGUUCUUCCACAAGAUCUUCCAAGAGGAGUUCGGACGCGUCAGGGGCCACUUCGGACCCAUCAACACCAUCGCCUUCCACCCCUCGGGCCGGAGUUUCACGACGGGCGGCGAGGAUGGCUACGUGCGCCUUCACCACUUGGACCUUGACUACUUCACGACGAAAUUCUUCUAAGCGUAGCAACCAGCACAAGCAGCGGUGGCGACACAGCGGCGGCGCUCGCCUGUUGAGUUACAGUUGGUUGAAACGCGGACGUGGCAAGCUUUGCUGGUGGAGACGUGUGGGCCAGCAUGUGUGUGCCGAGGCAGGUUUCGUAUAUUCAGCAGGUUUUUAGGCUGGGGUUAGCAUCCGUGCCUAGGUGCGAGUUGCCUUUCCGAGAGGGAUGCUAUGGGUAUGCCGCCCAUCGGGACACGCGUCCAGCCUUCGCUUACAAAGCGAGACCACACUACAGACAGAUGACUUCGGAUAGAGCUGCGAGCUCUAGUUUAAACCAAACAAUGACUAUCAUACACUAUCUGGGAAAUGAUUUGGGUCAUGGGGUUAGGGGUAGAGCUACCAUUGCUGGGAGAGUGAGGUGUUUGCGAGGUUUGUGCUUUCAAUGGACUUUGCAUGUACUGCUGAGUCAGGUUUACGUUGUGAUAGGUGGGUGCUGUUGGAGGAGAGUACUCAUAGACGUCUAACGGGCGUUUGUGUACACUCCACGUGUUUCAUGCAGGGAGUUAGCUCUUACUGAGUUAAGACGGUAUCUGAGGAUGUAAAUUUUGUGACGAAGCUAUAUAUACAGUCUCGAUCACCAUGAUCAGGUAUUUACAGCUGCGUAAUUUAUGCGCAACAAAGAAGUCCUGUCACAAAGCAGCAUUCGAGCACGGCGUUGUAUGUACCAGUCAGUCCGCAUGUCUCGAUGGGAGAGGAGAGCUGCCUACUGCUCGUUACGUGGACAUGGCGAGCCUCCAAGCCGUCCACACACCCUUAUGCAACCACGCAUAUCAUCAGUACAAGAUAUACCAAAAAGAUUAUAAACGCUCGUACAGCCCGAGCAGCAGGCUUAGUCAGUUCACGACGUUGGGUCGAAUGCUGCGUCCACAUCCUUGUGCCUUCCCGGCAACAUGCAAGCGGAGUCAAUCCGCCGUGUUGGCAACCCCGCCAUUUGACAAGUGCACGCCCCUACAGCCUACGCUUAAGAACCGCCACUUAGAACCGGGAAUAACCCAUGCAACAUAGACCAGAGUGGAAGCGUAUAGCAUGUCGUCAUCCUGCCCACUACACUCGAACCAGGUCGAGCUACCAAAACAUCGGAAGUCAGUUCUAGCCACUACCAACCAGACC